UUCCAGUUAAAUCAUGGUUGUUGGCUUACGUUUUCAAGUGGUUUUCAAGAAAUAAUCCGCAUUCCGCAUCAUUCCUAUCCACAAAAUGAGUGACGAACCGGUACCGUCUUCGUCCUGCAUCAGAUCCGUUUGUCCGGUGUGCGACAAGAUGUUUCCGAUGGCAGAUAUCGAAACUCACGUGGAUCGGUGUUUGCUUUUGAAUUCAACCGAUCCGAAUGAGGUGGUGGAGGCUGCUGCCACUGCAUCCACGACCACGAAUGAUAAAACGGAAGAGAAAAAGCCAAGGGAAUCGAAGCGGACCUACAGUAUUUUCGGAAAAUCUCCGAUUAUGACUCCCAAGAGGGCUAAAAGGACGACCAGGAGCAACGAUGUGGAAAAUGGAGAUCAUUUGAGCGUUGAGGAAAUAGAGAAGUUGGUAAUCGAUUUGUCGGAAGAGGAGAAAGAGGAAGAUAUACGGGUCAAGACGAGUACCAUGAGCAAAGCAAGUAAGUCGAAGGAUGAGAAAGGCGAUGAGAAUGUUCCGUUGGCGGAAAAGAUGAGACCCAGCGAGCUGGUUGAUUACAUUGGUCAAGAGCACAUCAUUGGGAAGAAUACGGUUUUAAGGACUCUGUUCGAGAAGAAUACCAUUCCGAGUAUGAUCCUCUGGGGACCACCUGGAUGCGGGAAAACGACUUUGGCCCACAUCAUUGCGGCUCACUGCAAGAAUAAUGAGAAUAUGCGCUUCGUAAAACUAUCGGCUACGAUGAGUGGCGUAAAUGAGGUCAAAGAGGCAGUAAAAGUGGCCAAGAAUGAGAUCAAAUUUAAACGGAGGACCAUUUUGUUCAUGGAUGAGAUUCAUCGGUUCAACAAACUGCAGCAGGAUAUCUUUUUGCCGCACGUGGAAAGUGGAAUCAUUACGCUGGUUGGAGCAACAACCGAGAAUCCUUCGUUCAGUUUGAACUCGGCUCUGCUGAGUCGCUGUCGGGUCGUUGUACUGGAAAAGUUGAGCGUCGAAGCGGUGAUGAAGAUUCUGGAGAGGGCUCUACCGCAUCACCACACAUUGAUGUUUGAGAAUAACAAUCGAGCCCCGGAUAUCAACAAGAUGCCUUUUAUUCCACAAAUGAUGAUCAGUUCGGAAAGUAUCCGAUGGCUGGCGGAAGUUUGCGAUGGAGACGCUCGGAUCGGGCUGAACAGUCUUCAAUUGGCUUUGAAUACGGUUGCAGCCCGACAGGAAGAGGAAGGAUCGGCAUUGAAAUUGAUUUCACUGGAUGAAAUUAAAGAAGGCAUCAAGAAAUCCCAUCUGCUGUACGAUCGCAAAGGGGACCAACACUAUGAGCUGAUCUCGGCGCUGCACAAAUCGAUUCGCGCCUCGGAUGACAACGCCGCUCUCUACUGGUGCUCUCGGAUGCUGGUUUCCGGGGAAGAUCCUCGUUAUCUGGUUCGGCGGAUGAUCCGAAUGGCCAGUGAAGAUAUAGGCCUAGCCGAUACUAACGCCCUUACGGUGGCUACUUCUACUCUGGCGGCUGUGCAAGCUGUCGGAAUGCCAGAGACGGACUGUAUCAUAGCGCAAUGUGCUGUCUAUCUGGCUCGAGCGCCCAAAAGUCGAGAGGUCUACAAUGCUUUCAAUCGGUGCAAAGCGUCAAUCGAGAACUACAAGGGCCCAAUGCCGGGAGUACCAUUGCAUUUGAGAAACGCUACCACCAAACUGAUGAAAAAUCUCAACUACGGGGCGGGAUAUAAUCUACUGAACAAGGGCGAAUCCGGGUUGAAGUACAUGCCAAACGAGUUGGAGGAGGAGAAUUAUUUUUCGGAAUAGAACCUUUGUGAUUAUUUCUUGGUUCAAAGUUGUUGAU